CCCCGCCCGAAUACGGAAGCGGCGGAGUACUUGGGGUCCGACCGCGGGUGGGCCCAGGCCAUGGGGCCGCCCUGGGCGGGCGGCAGCGCGGAGUGGGCGCCCGCGCGGCUGCCCCUCGUGCUCACCGCCCUGUGGGCGGCGGCCGUGGGCCUGGAGCUGGCCUACGUGCUGGUGCUGGGUCCCGGGCCGCCCCCGCUGGGACCCCUGGCCCGGGCCUUGCAGCUCGCUCUGGCCGCCUUCCAGCUGCUUAACCUGCUGGGCAACGUGGGGCUCUUCCUGCGCUCGGAUCCCAGCAUCCGGGGUGUGAUGCUGGCCGGCCGCGGUCUGGGCCAGGGCUGGGCUUACUGCUACCAGUGCCAAAGCCAGGUGCCACCACGCAGCGGGCAUUGCUCUGCCUGCCGCAUCUGCAUCCUGCGUCGGGACCACCACUGCCGCCUGCUGGGCCGCUGCGUGGGCUUCCACAACUACCGGCCCUUCCUGUGCCUGCUGCUUCAUGCUGCUGGCGUCCUGCUCCACGUCUCUGUGCUGCUGGGCCCUGCCCUGUCAGCCCUGCUGCGGGCCCACGCGCCCCUCCACACCGCCGCACUUCUCCUGCUGCCCUGGCUCAUGCUGCUCACAGGCAGAGUGUCUCUGGCGCAGUUUGCCCUGGCCUUCGUGACCGACACGUGUGUGGCGGGUGCGCUGUUGUGUGGGGCUGGGCUGCUCUUCCACGGGCUGCUGCUGCUGCGGGGCCAGACCACGUGGGAGUGGGCGCGGGGCCAGCACUCUUAUGACCUGGGCCCCUGCCACAACCUGCAGGCGGCCCUGGGGCCCCGCUGGGUGCUCGUCUGGCUCUGGCCCUUCCUGGCCUCCCCACUGCCUGGGGACGGGAUCACCUUCCAGACCACAGCUGACGUGGGACUCAUGGCUUCCUGACUCCAGGAAGAGCCAGAGCUGUACAGGGACGGGGAGCAGAAGGAGGGCUCAUAACUUAUUUGAGGCUCACCCCAACCGUGGGAGGGGAGGCGGGUUGGUAUGUAACGCCUACUUUCGGCAACUCCAGCCCCAUCCUUGCCCUUGCCCCUGCCCCGCUUGGAUUCCUAGUGUCCAGGGCUUGGGCCCUGUGACUACUCUGCCUCUACCGGUGGCCCCUGAGUACAGUGGAGGGUCUGGCAAAGGGCUGCUCAGCCAGCCUAGCUGCCCCUUUGCAAAGUUAAUAAAGCGCCCACUUGCCUCUUGGACUCCCUCCAUCUUUGUGGGUUUCUGGUCCCUCACUGUUGCCUGUGCCGCUGUUUUGGUUCCUCUGAUUGUCAGGCCUGGGAACCACAGAAUGCCUGAGGAUCUGAGGGGCCAGGGCUCUGCCUCCCAGGGCCUUAGCGGGGUAGGGGUGGGGGCACCAGUGGGCCAAGGCAGCAUGUAGUGAUUCAGGGUCUGAGAAUCCAAAAUUCUUUCCCAGGUUCAGUGCUUUAUAGUUAGAAGCAUUUCUACAACAGCAACGUCAGUGAACCUCCCUCCAGCUAACCUGGUAUACUGGGCAGCCAUUAUGCGGGUGAAGAACUUAAAGCUCUGAGAGUUGAUGUGAUAAGAUCAUGGGGCAGUAAAUGGAGGUUCAGGAUUUGAACCCAGAUCUCUGUGCUUUCUCCUUCACCCUUGCACAGCCGAGGGAAGUGAGCAG